AACAGAAAUAAAAUGGCUGCUACCGGGGACGACGCUUCUGCGAUGGACAGCAUCUCCAGAUCUCCUGCUGCAUUUUCUACACCUUUGGCUGCAGGAAGCCAGGGGGAUUCUGCGGAGGAUGCUGCCGACAUUCUGGCGUGUGCUCCCAAAAAGCCAGGUGAUGGUGGUGUGGAGACCGCUGAGGAGGCAACAGAACCGGCAGAGCCUGACAUAAAUGAGCUGUGCACAGAUAUGUUUGAAAAGAUGGGGAUUUUCCUACAAGGGGAACUAACAGCAACUUGUGAAGAUUAUCGGCUUUUGGAAAACAUGAACAAGCUUACCAGCCUGAAAUACAUGGAAAUGAAAGAUAUCAGCAUCAACAUCAGCCGAAACCUACAAGAUCUUAAUAAUAAAUAUGCCAGCCUCCAGCCAUAUUUGGACCAAAUAAAUCAAAUUGAAGAGCAAGUUUCUUCUCUUGAACAAGCAGCUUACAAACUGGAUGCAUACUCAAAAAAGCUGGAAGCAAGAUUUAAAAAACUGGAGAAGCGAUGAUGACAUCAUCUCACCUUAUACAGCAGCUUCAACUUCUUUUUCUCUUUGCCCAAGGACACUGACCCUUUGGAAAGAUGUGAAAAGAGACAAAAAAUAAACAGAAGUGUAUUGUGAGAGUAAAAGGGCACAUAGGGAGCCUCUUGAAUGACUACAGUAGCCUUGCAUUAUUAUUAUAAUUAUGCGUCUCUGGUUAUGUAGUUAAAUACCACUACACUGUAGUGAAAGAAAAUCUGCUUGAUUAUCUUUGGUGUGACUGCUUUUGUCAUAGUGGAACUACUGACUGCUCUUGGUCAAGAAUGAAAUGUGUACCGUCUUUUAUAAAGUUAUAAGAAAUAAACUUUGAAUAUUGAUCAAGGUAUAUCACAUUCA